AAUAUGCAAUUCAGCCAGGUUGUUUCACGUUGCAGUCGCAUUGAUUUCCCUCGAAAAUGAUUAUGAAAUGAAAUAGGAUUAGCAUCCCCUCUUCUUAUGUACUUCCCAUCUCCCUUCUUUAUCCUUGGUUGCGUUACGUUAUCUUUGUUGAUCUUUAGCCGAUACUCCGUACUUCCUGGUGGAUCUCAGCUUGAGUGCGGCUGAGGUUUUGCUCUUAGUAUUUUUUUUUCUCUCGGCGUUUUAGUUCUGACUAUUUAUUUCACUGCCGAGCUGCUGUUCGUUCUGAGCUGUCUUAUCUUUGCUGUUUUCUUUGAUAUCAAUUUUUGAUUCCCAAACGCGGUAUUCUGCUCUUUACCAUUGCAUAUUCUAUACAGCCACCAUCAUGGCCGCUUUAGGUCGCACCGAUUCACUCGACCCAGAUUCAACAUGCAAAGGCUUUACGUCAAGCGGUGUCGCAUGUCGCCGUGCAUUGGGAAACCCUCCUGGGCCACACGAAACUGAUAUGACCAAAUUCUACUGCUGGCAGCAUGAAGACCAGGCCCCAGCGUCUAAGCCGACUGCUGCACAUAACACAAUCGAGAACAAUGUGAGAAGCAGUAUUGAUACUUUGAUGGGCCGACUGGGUAUCAACGACCCACCUGCAACGAAAUACCGGCCCAACAGACCUUCGAGACCCGGAGGUGGAGGUAGCAGCUCGUUCACCUGCUGCUGCUUUACGAUAGGAGAGGAAGAUGAGCCACAGGAAUUGAACCCGAUGCCGGCGUCUAAUUCGCAAACUCCCUACCGGCCACCUGCCAAGCCGUCUAUGUACAGCAACGAACUGGUGCCUUCUGAUCUCCCGCCUGAUGUGGCCAAGCAUCUCGCUACUGAGCUGGCAAAGCCGCUUUCCGAAAAGGACGAAGAUGGCUAUAUCUACAUCUUCUGGUUGACACCCGUAGAGGCGUCUUCCGCCAGAGGCGGUCCACCUUCGGACAUUGCGUCUUCUAUCUUACCUGGUGGAAGCCGGGGCAUGGGUGAUGCCAUUCGCGUGGCACAAGACUUCAAUGCCUCUGGUCGCAAGCCCGAUCAGAAGCCCGGCACUAUCCGUUUGAAGAUCGGUCGAGCAAACAACGUCCACCGUCGAAUGAAUGAGUGGUCGAAGCAGUGCGCUCACGACGUGACUUUGCUCCGCUACUAUCCUUACUUGCCUUCAUCUCAACGUACUCAACCAGUGGAUACGGGAAGGAUGAUGCCUUUCGUCCACCGGGUGGAACAUUUGAUUCAUUGUGAGCUGGCCGAGAUGAGACUUCUCGACUUAGGAAAGUGUCAAUAUUGUGGAAAGGAGCACAAGGAAUGGUUUGAAGUGCCUGCGAAUGAGGAGUCGAUCCAACGGAUUGAUGGCUGCAUUCGUAAAUGGACCAACUGGGCUGAUUCUCAAGCAAAGAAAAGUUCGCGCAGGUGAAACUCUUGCGAUGGAGGCUUGAUUGGGAGUUGACGAAACAUCGAUUUGGAUUGAAUGACAAUUAUCUAAAGACUUGAAUGAUACCAUUGUUCGCCAGAAAACAACGCCAGGUGACCAGCCAGUU